AUGGCUAAGUUUGCUUCCAUCAUCGCUCUUCUCUUCGCUGCGCUUGUCCUCUUUGCUUCUUUUGAAGCACCAAUAAUGGCGGAAGCGCAAAAGUAUUGUGAGAAGCCAAGUGGGACAUGGUCAGGAGCUUAUGGAAACACUAAUGCAUGCAAUAAUCAGUGCAUUAACCUUGAGGGAGCACGUCAUGGAUCUUGCAACUAUAUCUUCCCAUAUUUCAGAUGUAUCUGUUACUUCCAGUGUUAA